UUUUGUAUUUUCAUACAGACAUUUUAAAAUACUAUGUUCAUCUCCAUAAUGUAGAUAGAAAGUAAAUAGCAAGGUGUUAUGUAUGCACAGGGUUUAAUUAUUACCGAUUUGCCUGUGUUUACAGUAAAGCUCAGCUAAGGUUCGCGUGUGAACGAUGUUUUCGGUAAUUGAUUACGAAGGAUCUGUGCUCUACUGGCUUUGUCUUUACGCUUUUUGGCAGGAGGUGUUGAACACAGCAACAAAUCUAAAGUACAUUCGACCCUCUUUUCGGGAAAUAACAAAAAUAUUUCUCUCAGUAUUUAUUUAAAGCAGAACAUAAAAUUAGUACUGAAUAUUUAAACAACGUUCCUGCUGCUUAAGUGCCCCAACGUACUUGUUUCACUUGACAACUACGAUUUCAAGGAGUAUAUUCGGACAAAAAUAUGAGAAAAAGAAUGAUGGCGUGGCAGUAGCAGUGGUGGUCUAGUUGUGUGUGAGCCGGUGGACGGCUCUGGGUCUGGUGUAAGAGGGUCGAAGUGAGGAAGAGUUUGUGGAGAUGAAGGUGGGACAGAAGAACUCAGUAUGUAUCCUGUCCAGUCGAGAGCGAGGAGCACGAGGCCUUGCCUCACACAGGAUCCUACAGCAGCUUGUAGAGGAAAAGACACAGCGCAUGAAAUGGCAAAGCCAGAAAGUGGAGUUACCAGACAGCCCUCGCUCAACCUUUCUUCUGGCCUUCAGUCCAGAUAGGUCUUUAAUGGCUUCGACCCAUGUGAACCACAACAUCUACAUCACAGAGGUUAAGACAGGAAAGUGUGUUCACUCUCUAGUGGGUCACCGCCGGACACCCUGGUGCCUGACCUUUCACCCUACCAUCCCUGGCCUUAUUGCUUCUGGCUGCCUGGAUGGAGAGGUCCGAAUCUGGGACCUGCAUGGAGGCAGUGAGAGCUGGCUCACAGAGAGUAACUCUGCAAUUGCAUCCCUUGCUUUCCAUCCUACUGCUCAGCUGCUGCUCAUUGCCACCAACAAUGAGCUACAUCUAUGGGACUGGAGUCGGAAGGAGCCCUUUGCUGUGGUGAAGACUGCUAGCGAGACAGAGAGAGUCAGGUUGGUGAGAUUUGAUCCGUCGGGUCACUAUCUUCUAACUGCCAUUGUAAACCCUUCAAACCAACAGAACGAUGAUGAUCCUGAGAUUCCAAUGGACAGUGUGGAGAUGCCCCAUCUCCGUCAGCGCUCUUUUCUCCAGUCCCAGCCUGUUAGACGCACGCCCAUCUUGCACAAUUUUUUGCAUAUCCUCACUUCCCGCAACUCCGUCCCUCAGGCUGGAGGCACUCUCGCUGCUUCCAGUGAUGAGGCGUCUGAUUCGUCUGGGCGUUACUCUGUUUUGAGGGAUCGUUCCCGGCUGCCGUACCAUGGUUGCGUCCAGCCACUCGGAGUAGUGUGUUUCUGUAGCCGUUGCUCAUCAACACGGGUUCCGUCUCCGCCUGACGACGACCCUUCAGACUCCACCUCCCUAGAGGGACAAUCACACGCAACCACCUUUUCAUCUGCACGCACAGAGCCACGAAUACCACGGUUUCCCACUGAAUCAUAUGCUUCAAAUCGGCCCUCAGCAUUUAGCUGUGUGUAUGGUGGCGGGAACAACGUGCGGAACAUUUCUUCUAGCUCUGGGAGGAGGGGAGUGGCUGGAAUGGCACCCAUCCCACCUUUCCGGCAGCAACCACCAGUCAGAGAAGAUGGAGGCCGUCUCCCUGGGGCAGAUUGGGUAGGCUGUGUGCUUAAUGGACGAGGUAGUAGUAUGACUCCACCCAGAACCAGCGCUUCCUCUGUCAGCCUGCUUUCUGUCCUACGACAGCAAGGGACUUCUAGCCAGUCACCUGUUUACACCUCAGCUAGUGAUGGAUGGGGCCUUCCUCAUAGCAGCGGCAGCACAUCAGGGACUAGUUCUAGCAGGCACCGCCCACCUGAGGAAGAGGGCCACAGCAGCCCUUCUUCCAUCCGCAGUGUUCUUCAGUGUAACCUUAACCGCUAUUUCAUGGAGAAUGAUCGAAUGCAGGACCUCAUGCAGCCUCAAGAGGGCAACAGGCAGGACCAACAGACUCAGGAAAUGCUGAAUAACAACAUGGACCCGGAGCAACCAGGUCCAUCUCAUUACCAGCCACUCUACGGUGGUGAAAACCCUUCACACAGUCACAUGAACCGCUGUAGAGUCUGUCACAACCUUUUCACAUACAAUCAAGGCACUAGGCGCUGGGAGAGAACAGGUCAGCAGACAUCUGCUGAAAGAAAUGCAGCUUGGCAACCCACAAGUCCUGCUUUCCACAGUGUAGCCCCAGUCUCUCAUUCUGAUCAUGACCUACUUGAACACAGACCCAUGGAGCCCAGCCCAGAUGCCCCAGAGCCUCGUGUUCCCUUUUCCCGCAGCACAGCUACUGGUCCGCACGAGGAGCAGCCUGUUGGGCUGGUCUUCAACCAGGAAACUGGACAACUGGAGCGUGUUUACAGGCAGUCCGCCACCUCUCGCUCAACAAAUGUAUCACAAGAAGCCUUAAACCAGGAAAUGCCUGAAGACGCGCCGGAUGACGAUUACUUACGAAGGAGGCUGCUGGAGUCGUCCAUGAUGUCUCUUUCCAGAUAUGACGUCUCUGGAUCACGAGACCACCCCAUCUAUCCCGAUCCGGCCAGGUUGUCCCCUGCAGCAUAUUACGCACAGCGUAUGAUCCAGUAUCUGUCUCGGCGUGACAGCAUUCGCCAGCGCUCUCUCCGUCCCCCCAGCAGACCCCGACCCCUGUCCUCCAAUCCCAGCAGCCUCUCCCCUGGCCCUGCCCCCAGCGUGGAAAGCAACGAAGUUGACUUUGAGGACUUUGAAGACAAUGGAAGCAGACAUAGGGCUCCUCGUAAUGCACGCAUGUCUGCCCCCUCCCUUGGUCGCUUUGUGCCCAGGCGGUUCCUCCUGCCGGAGUUUUUGCCGUAUGCUGGAAUCUUCCAUGAGCGAGGGCAGCCGGGCCUGGCAACACACUCAUCCGUCAAUAGGGUCCUCGCAGGUGCUGUAAUUGGGGAUGGUCAGUCUGCAGUGGCCAGCAACAUAGCUAACACAACGUAUCGUCUACAGUGGUGGGACUUCACCAAAUACGACUUGCCUGAGAUCAGUAACGCGUCGGUAAAUGUGUUGGUGCCCAACUGUAAGAUCUACAAUGACGCGAGCUGUGAUAUCUCAGCAGACGGGCAGCUGCUGGCUGUUUUCAUUCCCAGCAGUCAGAGGGGUUUUCCUGAUGAGGGCAUCUUGGCUGUGUACUCCCUGGCCCCACACAACCUGGGAGAGAUGCUCUACUCCAAGCGAUUUGGUCCAAAUGCCAUCUCUGUCAGUUUGUCUCCGAUGGGUCGUUACGUGAUGGUGGGUCUGGCGUCUCGCCGCAUCCUGCUGCAUCAGAUCACCGAUCACAUGGUGGCACAGGUCUUCAGACUGCAGCAGCCCCACGGAGGAGAGACGUCCAUGAGGAGGGUGUUUGAUGUGGUGUAUCCAAUGGCCCCAGACCAGCGGAGACACGUCAGUAUAAAUUCUGCACGUUGGCUGCCAGAACCGGGGCUUGGGCUUGCUUAUGGAACCAACAAAGGAGAUCUGGUCAUCUGCAGACCUGUUGAUGUACACUCAGAUAGCAACGGCAGUUCUGAGCACUCUGAGAGAAUGUUCACCAUCAAUAAUGGUGGAGGGGCUGGAACCAGUAGCAGCAGGGCUGGAGACAGACCAGGGAACAGCAGGACUGAUUGGAGGUCCCACAGAGAGAUGGGUCUGAUGAAUGCGAUUGGUCUGCAGCCACGACAUCCUGCCCCCACUGUUACAUCACAGGGGACACAGACUCUGCGGUUACAGAAUGCAGAGACACAAACAGACCGUGACCUUCCAGAUGAACCUCAGCUGCCCAGCACUUCUCAGGGGUCACAGGUUACUGAUGGCUCGUUGAGCAACGUAUCCAGUGAUGCCAACUUCAGCUGUGACAGCGGCAGCACCAAUGGCUCAUGUGCAGCGGUUGAGGCGGACGGCGACAGCCCCUACAAGACGGUGGAGAUGGUCUUCAUCGCACUGGUCACAGGAUCCCUCAGUUUUGUCACCGUUGUGGGCAACAUCCUCGUCAUGCUCUCAAUCAAGGUCAAUCGACAUCUCCAGACCGUCAACAACUACUUCCUCUUCAGCUUGGCCUGUGCAGAUCUCAUCAUCGGUGUGUUCUCCAUGAACCUUUACACCGUCUACAUCAUCAAGGGCUACUGGCCGCUCGGCCCUGUUGUGUGUGACCUGUGGCUCGCGCUGGAUUACGUGGUCAGCAACGCUUCUGUCAUGAACCUUUUGAUCAUCAGCUUCGACCGAUACUUCUGUGUGACCAAACCCCUGAGUUAUCCCACACGCAGAACCACCAAGAUGGCCGGCCUCAUGAUCGCCUCCGCCUGGAUCCUGUCUUUCAUCCUGUGGGCUCCCGCUAUCCUGUUCUGGCAGUUCAUCGUCGGAGAACGGACCGUAGCGCCUGGUGAAUGUUACAUCCAGUUCCUUUCCAACCCCGCGGUCACGUUCGGCACGGCCAUUGCUGCGUUCUACCUGCCAGUGGUCAUCAUGACGGUGCUUUAUGUGCACAUCUCUCUGGCCAGCCGCAGCCGUGUGUCCAAGCAGAAGCCUGAGGCCAAGAAGGAGAAGAAAGCCCCAAAGUCUAGCAGUCUGCUCAAGAGUCACAUCUUGAAGCAGAACAACAACAACCAGUCUCCUCCUAAGCCCAGCCUGGAUACCUGCUCUACGGUGGACACCAUGAAGAACGGCAAACUAGACGAGUCUGUGGUGUCCGCUAAAGCCGACUCCUGCGUGCAGCCGGAAGAGAAGGAGAGCUCGAAUGACUCCAGCACGGCCAGCAUAGCACCUAAAGAGCCUAAAGAACGAGCGAACAGUGAGGCGACUUCAGAGGCCGGCCUGACACCUGCUCCGGCAGACGCACCUAAAGUCAACGCUCAAUCCAAAUGGUCCAAGAUCAAGAUAGUCACCAAACAAGCAGGAGACGAGUGCAUCACAGCCAUCGAGAUCGUCCCACCGAACAGUACCGGCGAGAGGCGCUCCAUCCCCGUGAACCGUCCCCGCACGGUGGCUCGCAAGUUUGCCAGCAUCGCCCGCAGCCAGGUGAAGAGGAAAAGGCAGAUGGCGGCACGAGAGAAGAAAGUGACAAAGACAAUCUUCGCCAUCCUGCUGGCCUUUAUUAUCACAUGGACGCCAUACAAUGUGAUGGUUUUAAUCAGCACGUUCUGCCAGUCGUGCGUUCCAGACACAGUCUGGGCCAUUGGCUACUGGCUCUGCUACGUUAACAGCACCAUCAACCCCGCUUGCUAUGCACUCUGUAACGCCACCUUUAAAAAGACCUUCAAAAACCUGCUCAUGUGCCAGUAUAAGAACAUCGGCACCAGAUGAACUAAGGGAAGAAGCAGCGAGCGGAGAUAGAGGGUAUGAUAUGGAAGGUACAAUUGGCUGCCCCAGCUCUUCUGGCCCUGAUACCUUUGAAAUUUUGGAAGGCACUGUGCAGUACAUUGUGAGGCUUCAUAGUCCCAUAAUGCUGAAACAGUGCAUCAUAACCAAAAGUUUAUGUUUUAAGGAAUCAGAGUUUACAAGAAGAUGAUGGAGAGUUGGACAGGAGACUGAAUCACCGAAGAAAUCAAGCUGAGGUCAUGAAGCAAAUGACUUUUCCAGUAAUCUGAUCAUUGCUGCACUGCUAAGACCACUGGAAUUUUGCACUACAGUAAUGUGAAGAUCAAGGCUAUGACAUUGCUUUAGAGAGGCCAGUCAUGGCUCAUUAUUCCCAAAAGCGAAGCGAGAGAAUCGCAGCAAAUAUAAACCACAAGAGACUUGACGAAUUACAGGGUUCUUUUGAUUCACUUAAAUUCCCAGUACAGCACAAAUGGUAUCAAUCAAGUCCUUUUGGUUAGUAUCGACACUGUUUCUGACCCAGACUUCUGUGACAGGAUGCAGAUUCAUCAUGCAGAGGCGAAGAAGAUGUGAUUGGAGAACAUAUCACAACCAGAACCGAUAACAUAUGGAAAAGCUUCCUGUUUGACUGUCCCAGAAAGCAUGGUCCUCCCGAGUGAGAUUCAGUUUCCUAUACCUGCACCUUCCACUUUUCAAAUGAAGGAAGUCAUAGACUGAAGCUGCUUGCUGACCACAACAGCUGUGUAGUCCAUUACAUUCAGAGCGACAAAUUCAGGGCAUGUGGUUCAGCUUGGGAGAAGUUAGUCAUCAUUAUCCUCUUAGCGUGAUCCUCUUGAGGUUCUGGAAUAGGUCAAAAUUCAAAAGGAUCUCCUCAAUGGAUUGGGAUAGGCAUUAUAGACUUGAAACGGGAUGAGACACUCUAUACUGAGCUGAGAAAUGUCACUGUAAAGGUUUGAUCUUACAGAGGUGUGUAAAUAUGUUUAGUUAUGAUGAAUAUAUGCUCUUGAAAGUAUUAUUUCUUCCCUGCAUUUGAUGUCUGGAUGUUUGUGUUCCUCUUGUAUUUAGUUGGUGAUCUUCAUGUGAUUUUACAGAUUAAAUAUUAAAUGUAUUGUUGUCUGUAUGCAAAACUGUUGAAACCAUUUAUAAUUUGUGAUAUACUUGGGGAAAAAAAUAGGAGAAGACUAGUACAUUUAUUUAACCUGUUUAUAAGAUGUUCAAUUUCAACCAUAAAUUUGAGAAAUGGAAAAUUGGUUUUAUUUCCCUCUGUAAAACACAAUGUUGAUUUAGUAAAUACCCACUUCAUAAUAUCGUUUUCUCAUGGUGCAAUAUAAUUUUGCCUCGUUUGUUUUUAAAUACAGUUUGUAACUGAUGAAACUGCAGCAUGGAAACCAGAAGGAAUGAUCUCCCACAGUUUGUUUGAGAACAUGUGGUCAGAAUUAGCACAGAGGGAGAAAUGUGUUGAUGUUUUAGGGCUCAUGUUGUUACAUUAUUAACAAGCUGCCAGUUUCAGCAAUUACAGACUUUAAAGCAUUAAACCAAAGAGGUCGUGGCGCUCUGGUCUGUUAUUAGGCCUAGUCUGCAAGAGAGAUUAUUCAUUCAUUAGCAUCAUUUUAAGAUGCAGAGACUUGCCUCUCCAACGUCUUGGGUUUGGUUUCAUGUUUCUACCUCAUAUACACAUCAAAUUUCCAUUCAUAGCGUCUGCAUCUCCAAACCAGCCCUGAAUCUCUUUUUAAUGAGCAGUAAAGACAGACUAAGUGACUAUUAUGCCAUUGAAAAAGAAUUUAAAACCAGAUUUCCAUUUUUCUGAAUGUUUUAAACUUGCCAAAUGCUUUGGUCUUCUUCUGAUACAUGAACUGUGUUGAAGUAGGCUGUUCACUACAAAUCUUAGUCAUUCAAUGAUGUGCUUUUAUAAAAAGUGUGAUGCAAAAUCUAAGACUUCACAUUGGAAUAUAUGAAACUAUAACUCCUUUUGUAACCGUACUAAAGAAAUUCAAUCAUGCAAUCCGAUCGGUUACUAAAUAUUGUUCUUCUGCAAUUCCGAAAAUAGCAAAGAUCAAAUCUUUGCAUCUAUUAGAUGACCAAUACAGCAAAAUGACUUUGCCAAUCAUGCUCUCUUUCCUUCGGCCACUUCAAAUGUUUAUAAAAUGUAAAUUAUUAUAGGGAUUAAUAAAUACAUCCCUCAUUUAAAUGUACCUGCUGAAGGGCAAAGUCAAUGUUUAUUACCCCAGUGAAGCUGAUGGAAUGAACACACUGUAAUUAUUGACU